AUGGAUGACGAGUCUGCAGAGAUUGAGCUUCUCGAGCAGAACCUCAACAAAACUCACCAAAUAUCCCAACGAAUGAUCAGUAUUCUCAAUAGCUUCGAUACCCGAUUGGCAAAGUUAGAGAAGUCUAUCCUACCACUGUAUAGUUCGACACAGAUAUUGAACAAGAGGGCAAGCAAUAUUGAGAAGGCUUUGUUGAAGAUCGACGAGGUUGCGAGUAACCAGGAGGGCAUUGCUGCUGAAGAGGCUCUGAUACUGCGCGGCCCACAGUCGGGGCAACUAGAAGUUUACACCGAUGCCCUUGAGCGUCUCAACGCCAGUAUUGCUUUCAAAUCCUCCGACCGCGAUUUAGCGGAUACAGCACGUCUUGUCGAAACGGGUGCGAAGAAGCUGACCCAAAUGUACACCAAACUUGUCGCUGAGGGUUCAUCCGGGUCAACACCCCCGCCUGGAGCAGAACUACGCAGUGCUCCAUUCCCCAGUUCCCUCUUAACCGCCCUCGAUCCCGUAGUCUCCUUCUUGCGUUCCUUGCCGCUUCCGGCGACCCACCCUUCUCACCCAGCUGCACCCAGCAUCAUGUCGACGCUCAAGGAUGCCCAGCGUGGAUAUGCGGACAUGCGAGGAACCUGGAGUCGUAAAUGCCUGGAAACACAGGGUAAACGCGUGCUGGAUCGCGCGGACACGAUAGAUUCUAUAUUAGCAGGAAAAGAGUUUGGUGACUGGGUCGAGUCGUUGAUCACCAUCGCAGAUCAGGAGUACGAACAUUUGAAGGACCUUUCGCCGCUCGUCGGGAGUGCUGUUCUGGCGUCGACGUACACGACACUACUCAAUCCCAUAUCUUCGCUAUUCGGAACUACGCUACAAUCAUUGAUCUCAUUCAUCAAACGCUCCCUCCAUAAACAUGCAUUCCUUGCGCUGUCGUCAUAUGAAGCACUCAUAUCUCUAAAGCCUCGCUGGGACGUUGUUCUGUCUCGCCGUGGCUCCGACCCACGGGGCGACUCAAACGACCCAUUCACUGACGGUCUCCAAUCCAUACGCGCAGUGUCUCUCCGCAGCUUCCCCGAAUUUCUCGCCGAUCUCAAGAUGGCGUCUCUGGGCAAAGGCGGAGAAGUAGGAACAGGGCUAGCCGACUUCGUUAUUUCGACAGUCCAAUAUCUCGACCGAUUGCCGGAAGUGCAGAGUGCUGCGGGUUCAGCUUUGCUCAAGCUUGGUGACGGAAAUUGGAAGAUGGGGGAGGGCGUGCUGCCCACGGCCGCCAAGGCCUCGAAAUUGGGUGAAGGAGAUGAAAGCCUGAUCCUUGAGCAUUUUGUGUAUGAUGUUAUUACCACCACGGUGAACAGCCUGACGACGUUAUCGCGGGCCCAACGUCGACCGUCGAUGGGAUCUAUAUUCCUCUUGAACAAUAUCUCCUACCUUCGCCAACGCAUCGUCCUCGAGCCGCAAAACGCAGGUCUUUCCGACCUUCUCUCCAAGCCCACUCUGGAAGCAAUAAACUCGAAUUUCAGGACGGCCAAGGCAGCGUACUUCGAUUCGAACUUUUCGCCUUUGAUGCAGGCACUUACGGACGAUCCAAAGGAGAAGGGCGGAAAGGCGGUUACGAAGGAGAAAUUCACAAGGUUCUUUGAUUUAUUGGAUGAGGUCGUUGAGCGGCAUAAGUUGGGAAAGGUUUUGGAGGAUGACGAGGAAGGGAGAGAGACGCUUGCCGACGAGGUUGUGAAGCUUGUCGUCCCUUCAUUGCAGCGGUUUACGAGCAAGCAUAGGGAGAAGGAAUUCAGCAAAAACAUCAAAUUAUCUGCGGAUGGAGUCGAGACUCAGCUUCGAAGCAUAUACCGCUGA